AUGAGCAACCGGCUCGGUGACUUUAUCCCGCCGAAGACGUGCUGCGCGCCGCGGGAGCGCUACAGCUUCGCGCAGGGGGCGUGCGAGCCGGCGCCCGGCGGCGCUCAGCCGCCCCCGUGGACGCCGCUGGUGUACUCGCCGGCGGCGGGGGACCUGCUGGCCGAGCUGCCGCCCCACUGGCAGCAGCGCGCCGGGUUCGUGCCCCGGUGCGAGGGCGCCGCCAAGGUGCUGCGCACGCACCCCGACGGCCUGCACGACUACAUCAUCUUCGACAACGGCUCGCUGUGGCUGACCGAGACGCAGGAGUUCUUCCACCCGGAGGCGUACUGCGUCGACGGCGACGUGGCCGUCAUCUGCCUGCGCGGCGCCGCCGAGGAGGACGAGGUGCGCUUCCGGAAGUGCUGCCUGGGCGACGGCGUCUUCAGCGAGGCGUCCAUGUCCUGCACGGAGGGCGGCGGGGCGCCGGCGGGCGCCACCGUCGCCGAGGUGGUGGCCCGCAGCUGGCCGCGCGCCCGCCUCACCGCCAACUUCCCCGUCUGCCGCACGCCGGGCUCCCACUUCGAGGUUGCCGGUUCGGUGCUCGGCGGCGACGGCUCCCUCAAGAGGGACGGCUCGCUCAUCAUCAGGGGCGCCGCGCUCACCCUCACCCUGCGGGCCGACGAGUUCUGCCUCGAGAGGGUCGUCCAGCACAGCGCCGACCCGGGUGUCCAGGUGCUGGCGUGCCCGGAGACGGUGUCUGCGCGUCGGUCGCGCGUCGUGUCGCACGUGUCCGGAGGGGACGUGCGCUUCUCGCUGUACCCGGCCGGACUGUGCGUGUCGGCGCUGUUCCUGACGGCGACGCUGUGCGCCGGCUCGCUGCUGCCCGCCGCCAGCCACGCGCUGCACUGGCGCUGCCAGACCUGCUACGUCGCCUGCCUGCUCGUCGGAGACGUGCUACUCGCCGCCACGCAGAUGAGCGACGCCUGGGGACGGGGCCUGCUCUGCUUCCUCGUCGCGAUCGCGAUGCACUUCUUCUUCCUGGCAGCGUUCUUCUGGCUGAACACGAUGUGUAUAAACAUAUGGUGGACAUUCAGGGAUCUGCGGCCAACGAGCAUGGACAAGCGGCAGGAGGUGUGCCGGCUGCGACUGUUCCGACUGUAUGCAUGGGGUGGCCCUCUGCUGAUAAUGUCGGUGGCUGCCAUUGUGGACUUGGUUCCAGCGGACGAUUCCAUUCUGAGGCCAAAGUUUGGUGAGAAGAGGUGUUGGUUUUAUGGUGACUCAGAAAUAUUUUAUUACUUUUAUGCACCAAUAGGAGUAUUGCUGUUGGUGAAUGUCAUUUUAUUUGGUGCAACAGCUCAUGAGCUUACAUGCGGCCUGUGGAAAAGAGAAGUUGUGAAAUCAACAACAGAAAGGGCAACUCUUUGGAGAGUUUGUGUGAAGCUUGUUGUUGUGAUGGGACUGACGUGGGUAAUUGAUAUAUUAUCAUGGGCGAUAGGUGGACCUGCAUACCUCUGGUAUGUCACUGACCUUGCAAAUGCAUUACAAGGUGUUUUUAUAUUUGGUGUAGUUGGGUGUCAGCCUCAGGUGUGGGCUGCCAUCAAUAGGAUGUGGUGUUUGCGUGAACAGCAGGACAGAACCACGGCAGCUCAUCGUCAUCUGUCUUCCUAUUCACAAGGACUGCCUUCUCUCGGUGACUCUUCGAUCAACUCACCCUCGACUAAAAAUACUUCCUCACCCAUGGAGACUGUUUGUUGACAAUUACUUGGUGUACAUUGGUACUUGGUGUAGCAUUCACAUCAUAUACUGAGUUAUGCUUUUAAAAAAAUGUGACCUGCUAACAGAGGUGUGGCUGCAAUGAAGAUCAUGAUAAUGUCGCAUACGUAAGUAGCCAACAGACAAAUAUGGUUGUAACAAGAGCAAGGUAGCACAAAUAUAACGAUACAGGUUUUUUUUUCCUAGUUUGUGUUGAGAACCUAUGCUCAGGAUGUUAUUUUGUAGUCUUUUUCUUCCAUGUCUCAAGCAUAUAUUUGAGACAAUGCAAAGAGUUUGACACAUUAGCACAGAACAAAUUGUAUUGUACAGACAAAAUGUUUUUUAGUGAAGGCUGUUGUACCUGAUGUGGUAUUUCUUAAUAUUGUCUGCACUGUCUGUCAUGAAAGUUGUGAAGGAGACUACUCGUAAGAUAUGAUAAAAGUUCCUAUUUAGCUUAUGUAAAGGGUUUGUUUCAUGCUGUCACUUUCUUCAGUAACUGACUAUGCAGACAUUGUAUAUCGCUUUAACAUUUCUUCUGUUCUUGCCCAGAAUCUAAAAACAUUGUAAAACAUACCAUAAUUUAUGCACGACAAGGUGACACUAAAUUUCAAAUACAACAUUGCUUGGAAAAACUAAUGUGAAGCUCCAUACCAGUAUCUCCUGCUAUGUGAUAUAUGGAAGAUAAAGUAAUGAAAUUUCUGGACUGAAAAUGCUAUGUACAAAUACUUACAAGUAUCUUAGUGUUGUAGAAUACAUGAAGUUUCAUUGUAGUCAACAGUUUUAUGUAAAUAUUUAUGUAAUAGUGUUAAGUUUCUCGUUUUGACUAUUCCUAUUGCUUUAGAUGUAAAGCAAUAUCUUGUGAUACUAUAAGUUAAGACAAAUAACAUUCCCAUACCUGAAUACAAGGGAAAGACAUGUAAAUAUAAACAGAAUGAAUUAUCUCAUUUUAUAGAAACAAGAGAAAAACCAAAUAACAAGAGUUCUGAAGUUACCAGUGUACCAUUAUGUCUUCAUAUUACAUACAGCAAAUGCAAUGAAAUAGAUGAAAUUAUAAUUGCUAACAAUUGGCUGUCAAACCAGGACAUUACAUUAGUGGAACUCAUGGAUCAUUGCUUAAGAUAUUUUAAAUUAAGAUCUGUGUUUAAGAUAAAUGAAAACAGAAACCUGUGCCUUUUUAGUGUGAACAUACAAGAGUCAGUUGAUAAAAAUGUGUAUGUUCAUGGUUUUUUAAGCAAAGAUGUAGUUUAUUAAUUGUAACAAAAUGAUCUUUUUGAACUGUGACA